AUGGGUAGCCUGAACAAGAGCUUGGCGUUUCUUACUGCCGCAAUUGGGAUCGGCUUGUUAUCCGGAGCUCAGGUUAGAAAGCCAGGGAGAUGCCCAGCCCGCUGCAGCUGUACAAGGGACACUGUCAUGUGCAUUGGAACUUCAUCUGUCCCGAGGAUUGUCCCCAAUGAUAUAAUCUCCCUGAGUUUGGUAAACGGAAGUUAUCCUGAAAUAACAGAAGGCAUGUUCUCAAAUUUGCCAUUUUUGCAACUACUACUCCUGAAUUCAAACUCAGUUACGUCAAUAAAAGAUGAUGCUUUUGCUGGGCUUCCACGGCUAGAGUAUUUAUUCAUUGAAAACAAUAAAAUUGAGUCUAUAUCGAAACAUGCUUUUCGAGGGCUCAGAGAUGUGAUCCAUCUUUCUUUGGCUAACAGUGGCAUCAGAUCCUUACCAAGAGAUGUUCUCAGUGACUUGGAUUCCUUGAUUGAACUAGAUUUACGUGGAAAUGAGCUCCAAUGUGACUGUAAAACAAAAUGGAUGACGAGUUGGCUGAAGACCAUAAAUGCCACUGUGACUGAUGUUUUCUGUGCUGGCCCACCAGAACAUGAGGGCAAGAAACUAAUAGACCUGACAGCUUCUGACUUUGACUGCAUGUCAACAGAGUUUGUGCUGCACCAGAUCUUACCGUAUGAGUCUAUAUCUGUGAACACAUUCUCUUUUAAGGAUGAUGUGUAUGUAGCAAUUGCCGAACCUAAUGAGGGAAACUGCAGAGUGCUUGAAUGGAACUAUAUUGAGAUGAAUUUUAGAAGUUAUGAUAAUAUAACUGGUCAGUCCACAGUUGGAUGCAAAGCAAUAUCAAUUCAAGAACAAGUCUUUGUGAUAGUUGCACAACUCUUUGGUAAUUCUGUCAUUUACAAACACGGUGAGAGCUGGACCAAAUUUGUGAAAUUUCAGGAGAUCAAAGUUUCUCAAAUUUCAAAGCCGAAUGAUAUUGAGGCAUUCCAGAUUGAAAACGAAUGGUUCUUUAUUAUAGUCGACAGUUCAAAAGCUGGGUUAUCAACAAUAUACAAAUGGAAUGGCAAAGGAUUUUAUCCUUAUCAGACUCUGCACAAAUGGUUCAGAGACACAGACUCAGAAUAUGUCAACAUUGAUGGGAAAUCAUGUUUGAUAUUAACCAGUCAGUCACAAGACCCAGCCAUCUUUGAAUGGAACAAAAAAACAAAACAGUUUGUUCAACAAAGUACAAUGCAACACAUGGAGGAUGUCAUAGCUGUGGAAAGUUUCAGAAUUAAAAAUGAUUUGUUCAUCUGUCUGACAAAAUUUAUUGGAGAUUCUAAAAUUUUGAAAUGGAAUAUAACACAUUUUGUUGAAGUUCAAGAUCUUCCUUCAAGAGGAUCAAUGAUACUGCAGCCAUUUUCAUUCAAUGAUCGACACUAUUUGGUUGUAGGAAGUGACUACACUUUCUCUCAGAUUUAUAUUUGGGACAAUCAAAAGAAAGCGUUCACAAAAUUUGAAGAAAUGUACGUACAGGCCCCUCGGUGUUUUACUGUUGUAUCCACAGAUCGAAUGGAUUUUUUAAUUGCUGCAAGUUUUAAAGGUAGCACUCAAAUUUUUGAGCAUGCGAUUGUUGAUUUGAGUCUGUAA